UAUGUGUAAAUUUCUUAAAUCAGUGCAGCCAGCUAAAAACAAACAGACCAUAUAUGCUGAUGAUUGCAACCGAUAUAUCAGAUUGGCUGAUUUUUUUGUGCCUAUGCAACUAUUCUAGUGUGUAUGAAUAGGCGUUAAGAUAUGAAACAGCGGCUAUGUUCUAAAAUGCAGUGCUGAAAAUCCAUAGUUCAUGUUACGUAUACUAUAGAUGUUCAGCACUGGCAAUGAAUAUUGGAAUGCGACCGAUGUCGACGGUAGUAAAUUGAGAAGUAAGGUAUACGUUUUCAAAAGUUUCGAAACUGUUAAAUGUCUCAUCAUCACAAUUUCGAAAUUUAAUCCCGCUUCACCUGCUCCUUCAUUAAAUGCGCACGAAUGUCCGUUGUGUCAUACAAUGCGCGUACAAAUCUAUAAAAAUUAUGUACGUUACUUGAAAACAAGUAGUACUUGCGUUGUGGUAUUGGGAGGCUUUUGGUAUUUGUAUCAGCUGCGACAGAUAUCGCAGAUCGUUCGGUCCACCGUGAACACGAAUGUGUUAAAGUUGGAGGAAGUGCAUCCGCAAUACAUUUACAUAAAUGACCCUCUAUUUAAAGAUAUCCUCAUGUUCGGGAAGGAUGAGGAUUUAUAUAGAUCCGCACUGGAGAAACCGCGAGGUCUUGGUGACAUUUUAAUGAAAUGGUGGAAGGUGUACAGUCAUAAUUUAGCAUACAAGUUGCUGUACAUGGCUCAACAUGGGGAUAAAAAUGAACGAUGUAAAGCUGUGACUGUCCUUGGUUCUCUAUCCUAUUUAAAAAAUUGGCAAUAUUGUCAUUUGGCCCAAAUGUUGGAUGCUAAAACAGCGGUAGCUCUUGCAAGAAUACCAGAUGUUAAUUUACAGUUCUUUCUGCAACCACCAUACUAUCAUAUACAAUAUAAAUUACAUGAUAUCUUAGAGAAAAUACACUCAUUGCUGUUACUUUUGGAUACACUAUGUAAUAAAACGCAUCCUUGCCUGACACAGUUUCUCAGCAAAAAUUUCAAAGAUUUGCAUCGAGAUGGUUUUAUCUUUGAUCACGAUUUGACAAGUAUGGGCCUUUUGGCAGCACCAGUGACAAUUUGGGAUAGCACUUUACUCAAGUGUUGCGUUCAAUCGAUCUGUCACCAUUCUUCUUUAGAAGAAUACAGCAAACACUUGGUCGAUGCCGGAGCUUUGCCAAUACUAACAGCGAUAGAAAAAAUUUGCAAAGACGAUAUAGAAAUGUGCAUACUGCUUGCGAGAAUAAUAUCCAAUGUGUCUCUUCACACUGAAUAUUUGGAGAAAAUCUUUGAAUCCGGAUGGAUCGGCAUAUUGUCACGUUGGUCACGUAGCGACGAUAUUCGUUUAUCGGCUCAGGCUCAUCGCGCAUUAGCAAACUUAGAUGCAGAGGCGAACGAAGGAGCGAAAUAUCCACGGCGUAUUUAUCUUCUUCAUCCUUCGCACAGAAAUCAUGCAACCACAAAGAUGGAUGUUGUGUUUCUGCACGGGCUACUAGGUGGAGUUUUUGUUACCUGGAGACAACGUGAUGCUGACACCUCUGCACUCGGAGUUGUAGAUGACACCACUCCGAGGCAAACUGCGGAUUACUUGUCUACUAUGAUUGACGAUGAUCGCCCUCAAGAAUUCUUCAAAGACCUAGCUCGCGAUCUACAACUGCGCGAAUGGAAGAAGAUAGGCCACGACUUUGAAGUAAUAUUGGAGGAUUGCCCGCAAAAUACCAAUUCUCGCGCUAAUGGGCCUUACUUUUGCAAAGGGAAUGAUUCCUGCAUGAACAAUGGCCCGGAACUUGCGUCUAAAACGCAAUGUUGGCCGAAAGACUGGUUGCCUAUGGACGUACCGUCCUUACGAAUCAUCGGUAUCAACUAUGACACAAGUUUGUCUAUGUGGACUCCUUUCUGCCCAAUAGAGAGCAUGAAGAGCACUAUCAAAGAGAGGAGCGAAGAAUACAUUACCAAAUUGAUAAUGGCAAAUGUGGGACAGCGAUCUCUUGUAUGGGUCAGUCACUCGAUGGGCGGGUUGUUAGUUAAAAAAAUGCUUGUAGAAGAAUGGAAAGCUGGGGACAAGAACGGCAUCUGUAGGAAUACCAGGGCUAUCGUAUUUUACAGUACCCCUCAUCGAGGCUCUCAUGUGGCGGCUUUGAAGCAGACAACGCAAAUAUUGGUAUGGCCGACGGUCGAAGUUCAAGAAUUACGCGAAGAAUCGCCGGAAUUGUUACAACUUCACGAAGAGUUCCUAGAGAUGUUGAAGGAACAUCACAUAGAGAUUGUGAGUUUCGGCGAAACUAAGUCUACGCUCGUAACUGCGCUCAAGUUAUCCUUCCAAUUCGUCAGUCUUGAUUCGGCAGACCCUGGAGUGGGGGAGUUCUUUGAGAUUCCGCAGGAUCAUAUAUCGAUAUGUAAACCAGCUAGCAGGCAAUCCUUCUUAUACCAGAAACUUUUGAGUGUGCUCAAACGCCAAUUUGGUAAUCCUCAGGAAGAGGGGAAAAUACUUUCGUCGAUUAGGUAUUUACUAUCUUUACCAAAUUUCAGCUUGCAAAGCGGCAGAUGUGAACACAGAGAAACGUAAUGUUAAUACACCACAUAGAAGAAUAUAAAAGAUAAGAGAAAUGCAUGAAACGCUGCCUGUACAUGGAGACGCGGCGAUCGGUGUCGAAGGCAUCGCGAUGCUGUUGGAAGAGCAGGUUGAUCUGUUGUCGAUGCUCACCCAAGGUGCC